AUGAUCAUUGGCGGCGGCGAUGAUACGGUAAUCAACCAUGUGAAGUUCACUACCACGUACAAACUCAAACGAAUAGUCUCCCAUGAACGGUAUGAUGAUCUCGAAGAUAGUAUCAUCUUCGACAAGCCAGAUACCGACGGUUUGUCUUUUCCUCACUAUGAUGCUUUGGUUAUACCUUUAUGCAUCGCUGACACCGAUGUGAAAAGAAUCAUGGUGGAUGACAAAAGCGUAGAGUGGGCAUUCGGAGAAAUAGUGCUACCUGUCCUAGCAGGAGGGGUUACCCUGGAGACGAUGUUCCACGUCAUGAACCAAGAAACGGCCUACAACACCAUCAUAGGACGACUAUGGAUACACGCCAUGCGAGCCAUCCCCUCAAGCUUCAAUCAGUUAGAUAACACCGAUUAUGCCAAAAAGGCUUACGUUGGGCACAACCUCUCGGAGCCAGAUAUGCCAGGAAUCCCAAGGGAGAUCACCACACACAAGCUAAAUGUCGAUCCGCUUUAUCCGUCGGUACGACAAACGAGGAGGAAAUUCAAUGCCACGAUCAAUGAGGUGGUCAGCGAAGAAGUUGAUAAAUUACUCACCAACGGUUCCAUCAGAGAAUCGAAAUACCCCCAAUGGGUCGCCAAUGUGGUCAUGGUCAAAAACAAGAACAGGAAGUGGCGAAUGUGCAUCGACUUCACCGGUUUGAACAAAGCAUGCCUGAAGGACUCUUUCCCGCUACCUCACAUCGACCAACUUAUCGAUGCAACAUCGGUCCAUGAACUGCUAAGCUUAUUGGAUGCGUACUCCGCCAAUAAUCAAAUUCUAAUGGCUGAAGAGGAUCAGGAAAAAGACCACUUUCAUCACUCACCAAGGUACGUACUGCUACAAGGUAAUGCCAUUCGGGCUCAAGAAUGCGGGGGCCACGUAUCAAAUAUUAGUCACCAAAAUGUUGAAAGAACAACUCGGUAA